AUGCGGUACUAUGAACAACGCUACCCGGAGGUGGACGAGCUUGUGAUGGUGCAGGUGCGCCAGAUCGCUGAGAUGGGUGCCUACGUAAAGCUGCUCGAGUACGACAACAUCGAGGGAAUGAUUCUUCUCUCUGAGCUCUCGCGGAGACGUAUCCGAUCGAUCCAGAAGCUCAUCCGCGUCGGACGGAAUGAGGUCGUCGUCGUCCUCCGAGUCGACAAGGAGAAGGGCUACAUCGACCUCUCAAAACGCCGCGUCUCGCCGGAGGACAUCACCAAGUGCGAGGAACGCUACAUGAAAUCCAAGACCAUCGCCUCGAUCAUGCGCCAUGUCGCAUCCAAGGUGCCCGCGGUGAACGGCGAGGUGCUCGACGGCGAGCAAGCAAAGCAGGCGGAGGCGGAGGCCACCGAGACCAAGCGCGCGCGCCGCGCGGCGAAGCGCGAGGGCCAUGAGGACGAGCUCGCCGCUGUGGGCGGCGCUGACGGGGCGGUGGGCGGCAUCGACGCGAACGAGGAGGCGCGCCUCGAGCAGCUGUACGAGCAGAUCGCGUGGCCGCUCGGGCGCAAGUAUGGGCACACGUACGACGCGUUUAAGCUCGCGCUGACCGAAUCUGAAACCGUUUUCUCUCAACUCCCCACCCCCGUCCAGCCAGCCGUCCUCAGCGUCCUCCUGAGUACGAUCGCACGGCGACUCACCCCUCAACCCAUCAAACUCCGUGCCGAUAUCGAGCUUACCUGUUACACACCUGCCGGCAUCGACGCCAUCAAGAAGGCGCUUCGGGCAGGAGAGAGCCAGAGCACGGAGGCCGUGCCGAUCAAGGCGAAGCUUGUGGCCCCACCGUUGUACGUUCUCAGCACGAACGCCACGGACAAGUACGCGGCUGUCGACCGCCUGGAACGUGCAAUCGAGUCCAUCCAGUCAACAAUCGAGGACCAGGGUGGAGCCCUUGUUGUGAAGAUGAAGCCAAAGGCGGUCUCGGAGACGGAAGAGCAGGACCUCGCACAGCUCAUGGCAAAGGCGGGACAAGAAAACGCCGAAGUGUCUGGCGACGAGGACGAAGAAGAGGCAUUGUAG